AUCAGAUUAAACACAACGAAAUGGUUUCAUGAUCUUGUCUUAGGAUCUCUAUUUCUACUAGUAGCCGAAAGUCGAUGGAAGUUCACACGCCAGGAGACGUGCAGAAAAACACACAGUUUGAGUAUGUAGACUGUGAGAACGAGAAGAAGAUGGAGAAAGAAAAAGUACUAGAAAGAACUUCAAGCCUGCUUCAGACUAAAUCUUUCAGUGACGUCACUUUCAUCGUAGGACCCUCGACGUCGUCAAAAAAAUAUGUAGGUCAUAAGGUACUUUUAGCUAUGGCCAGCCCUGUAUUCGAGGCUAUGUUCUGUGGAGACAUGGCGGACAAAUCUAAAGUUAUCCGGGUCUCUGACAUAGCACCGAUCGGCUUUGAGAAUUUGCUAAGAUAUGCUUAUACAGAUGCCUUGAAUCUCCAAUCUGUGGAAGAUGCCAUUCUGACAGCAACAGCUGCUAAAAAGUAUCUUCUGCCCCAUUUGCUUCGGGAAUGUUUCAAUUUCAUUGAAAGAAAUGUUACACCACAAACCGUAUGUCAAGUGUUGGAGUUCGCCAACAUGAUGGAAGCCCAUCAUCUGACUUAUCAAUGUCUUAAUAUCAUCGAUCGACAAACAUACCACGUGAUUACAUCUCCUGAUUUCUCCGAUGUAAGCUUGUCUGUUCUCGAAACCAUUGUCCACAGAAGACAUCUCAAUCUGCAUAGUGAAUAUUCUUUAUACAACGCUAUCUACAUGUGGGGAAAAGAAGAAUGUAAGAGACGUUUUGUAGAAUCAGAUAUAGAUAAUAUCCGUAACAUACUGAACUCAACGUUACCUUACAUUCGGUUUCUAACAAUGACAUCAGAAGAAUUUUGCAAGGGUCCAGCAAAGUCGGGACUCCUUUCUAAGGAUGAAUGUCUUGGUGUAUUUAUGAAUCUCGCUAUUCCGAGAAUUGUAACAAUGCCUCUAGGACUAAGUACCGAGACAGAUAAACGUACUAGUCCGCCAGAAUAUUUCGUUUGUUGUCUUUAUAAGCCGUUGUCCUAUCAUACACCAGUUCGACCACUCCGAAUUUUUGGGGUAACCUUCAGAGUUACCAACAUGGAUGUUUUUGUGGUUGGUUUGGGGCUUCCCAUCCGUUUAGAUGUGAGUUACUACUCUAUAAGACAGCCUAAGGUUGAGGGAUUGUUACGUUGUACCUACGGACUACACGAGGAUCGACCUAACAAAGAGGAGAUCGCUGUAAAUUUCGUUCUGUCUAAGGGUAAAGAUGUGAAGAUUAUGUUUCGGAAACCACUUUUCGUCCAUAAGAGUAUGCAGUACAUAAUUGAACUUAAGACGACAUCACCUCUCACUGAAGACGCCAUUGCACCGAUCAUUCGAGACCGGAAGCGAGAUGUAAAGGUGGAGGAUGUCAGUUUUCAGCUACUGCCUUUUCAAAGUGAAAGUCAUCCUCGCAAAGCAGAAGUUAUGGAGUUUUCAGAGAUUUUUUUCUAUAUUUGA